AUGUCUAUUACAGUCGGAAUCGCCGGUAUAACCGGCAAGUUCGCCCGCGAACUCGCAUCGGCACUUCUCAAAUACCCUGAUAUCAAUAUUAAGGGGUACUGUCGUGACCCUUCCAAAGUUCCCGAGUCAUUAUCUUCCAAGGUCUCCCUUUCAAAGGGGGACGCCUUCGAUACAUCCGCUAUCCGUUCCUUCGUCGCCGGGUGCGAUGUGGUUGUGUGCUGCUAUCUCGGCGACGACAAGUUGAUGGUGGACGGGCAGAAAGCACUCAUCGACGCCUGCGCUGCCGAGGGUGUCCCGCGUUACGUAGCUUCGGAUUGGUCAUUGGAUUACACUAAGCUUAAGCUGGGAGAGCUCUUCCCCAAGGAUCCGAUGAUCCAUGUCAAGGCGUAUCUAGAUGCGCAAGACAAGGUCAAGGGUGUGCACGUCCUGGUCGGCAUGUUCAUGGAUGUCUUUUUUGGUCCAAUGUUCGGUACCUACGAUGCUAGCUCUACGACCUUCAAGUAUUGGGGCACGGGUAACGAAAUUUGGGAGGCUACUACUUAUCGGAAUGCGGCUGAGUACACCGCGGCGGUUUGUGCGGAUAAGAGUGCCUACGGGAUAAAAAAAUUCAUCGGCGGGCGAGCAACAAUCCGCGAGAUCGCAGAAUCGUUCGAGAAAGUCUAUGGAGUAAAGCCUAAGCUCGAGAGCCAUGGUUCAGUGGAUGGCCUGUUCAAAAAAAUGCAUGAGCUACGCAAGAAUGACCCUCAAAAUGUCUUCUCGUAUAUGUUCUUGUUUUAUCAAUAUUACAUGAUUAACGGGCGGACGUAUCUUGGUACUGAGAUUGACAACGGUCAAUAUCCUCAGGUGAAGCCUGUGAAUUGGGAGGAUUUCAUGAAAUCAGUCCCUAAGGAUCAACUGGCGAACGCCUUUUUUAAUGUCGGAAACGACAUUUAA